AUGGAGAGCAGCACUUCACAUGUGGAGUCUGUGAAACUCAUAAAGUCCAAAGCUGGAAGGUUCUCAGAAAAGCUGGAACCAGGCCCUCAGGGAAGGUUUCUGUCUGGGGUGGAGGAACCUCAGCAGCAGAAGCAGGAGCCGCUGGGCAGCGACUCCGAAGGUGUCAACUGUCUGGCCUACGAUGAAGCCAUCAUGGCUCAGCAAGACCGAAUUCAGCAAGAGAUUGCUGUGCAGAAUCCACUAGUGUCCGAGCGUCUGGAACUCUCAGUCCUGUACAAGGAGUACGCUGAGGAUGACAACAUCUAUCAACAGAAGAUCAAGGACCUCCACAAAAAGUACUCCUACAUCUGGAAGACCAGGCCCGAUGGCAACUGCUUCUACGGAGCAUUUGGAUUCUCCCACUUGGAGGCACUCCUGGAUGACAGCAAGGAGCUGCAGCGGUUCAAGGCUGUGUCUGCCAAGAGUAAAGAGGACCUGGUGUCCCAGGGCUUCACUGAGUUCACAAUCAAGGACUUCCACAACACGUUCAUGGACCUUAUCGAGCAGGUGGAGAAGCAGACCUCGGUAGCUGACCUGCUGGCCUCCUUCAAUGACCAGAGCACCUCAGACUACCUUGUGGUCUACCUGCGACUGCUCACCUCAGGCUACCUGCAGCGGGAAAGCAAGUUCUUUGAGCACUUCAUUGAGGGUGGCCGGACUGUUAAGGAGUUCUGCCAGCAGCAGGUGGAACCCGUGUGCAAGGAGAGUGACCAUAUCCACAUCAUCGCCCUGAUCCAGGCCCUCAGCGUGUCCAUCCAAGUAGAGUACAUGAACCGUGGUGAGGGUGGCACCCCCAACCCACACGUCUUCCCUGAGGGCUCCGAGCCCAAGGUCUACCUUCUCUACCAUCCUGGACACUAUGAUAUCCUCUACAAAUAG